UCUUCACACUUAACUGCCAUAACCAAAACUGAACAAUUCUAUAACAAUUCAAUAUUCCAACCGAACUGCAAUCAAUACAGUUCCCCUCCACAUUCCUUGCAUCUGUGAUAAGAGAUGAAAGCAGAAAAUUUGCUGGCAUCAGCCAGCAUCAACAUAGGAGUAGCCAUGUUCAUCCUUUCACUUUUUUCCAUACUGAAAAAGCAGCCUUCAAAUGCACCAAUAUACUAUCCACGUCCCAUUUCUCUGAAUCACCAUAUCUUUUUGGACGAGCGUUUUACCUUUUCCCGAUUUCUUCCCUCACUGGAAUGGGUUCGUCGCGCAUCGCGAGUUUCCGAAGGGCAGAUUCUUCAGCAGUGUGGUCUUGACGUGCUCGUCUUCAUUAGACUGUUUAAAUUCGGGAUCAAUUUUUUCACUGUUUCCUGUGUUGUUGGUGUAUUGGUUUUGCUUCCACUUAACUAUAUUGACGGUGACAGACUAUCUUCACAAUUUCAUUCAGUGAAUUCUUUCACAAUAUCUAAUAUUAAAGGAGGUUCUAACAGGCUGUGGGUGCAUCUUUCUUGCUUGUAUUUUAUAUCUUGCUAUGGAUUAUACCUAUUGUACAAGGAAUAUAAAGAUAUCUGGUUGAAAAGGAUUCAGCAGCUACAUAACUUAAGGCAUCGACCAGAUCAAUUCACUGUCCUAGUUCGAGAGAUCCCUUUUUGCAAUGAGCACAAAGCUUAUGGUUGCUGUGUGGAUCACUUUUUUUCUAAACACUAUCCAUCUUCUUAUCAAUCAUAUCAGAUUCUGUACGACUGCGAGGAACUCGAAAAGUUGCUAAUUCAUGGCAAAUCAAUCAGAGAAAGGAUUGAGAAAUUGACACAGCAGUCAUUGACUAAUAGAUAUACAAGACGAUCAGAUAGCUCAAAAAUAGAAAUACUCAAAGAAAUGCUUCAAGAUGUGUGUCGUAAGAUACGACACAUAAGGGGUGAGGCGAUGCUUUCAGAAAAGGAGUUGCCUGUUGCAUUUGUUACGUUCAGGUCUCGCUUGGGUGCUGCAUUAGCUGCCCAAUCUCAACAGCACUCAAAUCCUCUAGUAUGGAUCACAGGAAUAGCCCCAGAACCAAGGGAUGUUCUCUGGAGUAAUUUGGCGAUUCCUUAUCGACAUCUGCCGCUGCAUGAAAUUGUUGUCUUCUUGUUAGCAUCACUUCUCACAAUAUUCUUUGCCAUCCCUGUCACAGCUAUUCAAGGAAUUGCAAAAUUUGAAAAAUUACGAAAAUGGUUUCCACCUGCAAUGGCAGUGCAAUUAAUACCAGGACUAAGAUCCAUUGUGACAGGCUAUCUUCCAAGUGUGAUUCUGAAUUUUUUUAUUUACAUUGUUCCCUUUUGCAUGAUUGCUAUGGCACAAAUGGCGGGUUAUAUUUCAAGGAGUAAGAAGGAUAUAAAAGCUUGUAAUAUGGUCUUCUAUUUUCUUGUGAGAAAUGCAUUCUUCUUGAGCUUAUUAUCUGGAUCCUUACUAGACCAAAUUGGGGAAUCUUUCACUCAUCCUAAAGAUUUUCCCAGUCAUCUAGCCAGUGCUGUUUCUGCCCAAGCAGACUUUUUCAUGACAUACAUCUUGACAAAUGGGCUGUUUGGAUUUUCUUUAGAGAUUCUCCAACCAGGAUUAUUCAUGUGGAACUACAUAAAAUCCCACACAUGGCACCGCGGAAAGAGGAAAACUGCAUAUCUUAACUCAAUACCUUAUUACCGAAUUAUUCCUUUUGUUGCUCUCUCUAUACUGAUUGGCAUGGUAUAUGCAAUUAUCUCGCCCUUGCUUCUGCCAUUUCUAGUUGGCUACUUCCUGCUAGGCUAUGUUGUUUUCAUUAACCAGAUUGAAGAUGUUUAUAUAACUUAUUAUGAGACAUGUGGUCAAUAUUGGCCAUGCAUUUAUCUGUACAUUCUUGUUGCUCUCAUCCUAAUGCAAAUAACUAUGGUUGGUGUCUUUGGACUGAAGUCAAAGCCCUCCGCAUCCAUUUCUACAAUUCCUCUACUUCUUCUCACUUUCAGUUUUAAUGAAUACUGCAAGAGGCGGUUUGUUCCAACAUUUCACAAAUACUCUAUGCAGGAUGCAAAGAAAAAUGAUGAACUUGAUGAGCAAAAUGGUUUGAUGGAGGCUAACUUACAAAAUGCACUUGAUGCUUAUUGCCCUCCUUUUUUGCGACCUGUUGACUUUGAAGUUGAAGAAUCUUGCUCGACACAGCCAUUAAUAUCCCCAAAAUGACUCACGUAGUAUGCUCAUUUUCCUAUCUCGAUUCAUAACCAUCUCUUGGAUGCUUAAUUCACAAGAUACAGAAUGCAGCUGCCAUCGAUUUCCUCGGUGUAAGAACAUCUCGCUGUUAAAGAGCUUAAGUAGAGGUUGUCAAAGAAUCUGUUUGAUAUUUUAAACACAACUACAGUUCAAUCUUGUGUGAAGCGUUUCUCAGUUGUACUCGUCUACUUCAUUUUGAAGAACUGGCGUCAUUUUAGUGGAUUCUUCCCCUGCUUGCUGAUGUUUUCAGUUUCA